CUCGAAGCCUCUCUCGCCUACUGUUCCUCCCUUCCGCCCCAUAUUACCCAGACUCAGGCGAACGACAACCUCUCGCUUCAAAUGGUCGAACGACACGCUCCAACCUCGCAUCGUCAACCCCCGAUAGUUUUGGCGGCAGCGGCAUCGAAUCUGGCGUGAAGGGCGCCUCCUCUUGCACCAUGGCGAUUUUCGCCAUGGGCUGGCACAAGCCCGACAAUGUCGCUGGCACCUCGACGCAAGCGAUCAUGAUCGGAUUGUUCGUUGCCACCGGCGGAAUUCUGUUUGGUUACGACACUGGUGCGAUCAACGGGAUCCUCGCCAUGGACAAGUUCAAGGACGACUUCUCGACAGGCUUCAAAGACAAGGGGGGACGAAUCGGCAUAUCGCCGGGCGAAAUAUCUCUGAUUGUCGCGAUGCUCAGCGCAGGGACGGCUGUGGGUGCGUUGCUCGCCGCGCCGUUGGGGGAUCGCUGGGGACGUCGGCUGUCACUCCUCUUCGCUAUCGGGGUGUUUUGUAUUGGCGCCAUAUUCCAAGUGAGCGCAACCAAUAUCGCGCUGCUCGUCGUGGGAAGGACGGUGGCGGGCAUAGGGGUGGGAAUCGUCUCGGUCCUGGUCCCGUUGUAUCAAUCAGAAAUGGCGCCAAAGUGGAUUCGAGGAACGCUCGUUUGCGCAUAUCAGCUAUCCAUCACAGUAGGAUUGCUUGCCGCCGCGGUGGUCAACAUCGCCACCUACCAACUGACCUCGGCUGCCGCGUACCGUAUCCCGAUGGGCCUACAGAUCAUCUGGGCCGGCUGUUUGGCUGGGGGCUUACUAUUUCUCCCGGAAACCCCUCGAUAUCUGAUAAAGCGCGGACUCAAGGAUGCCGCUGCGCUCUCACUCAGCCGCCUCCGACGCCUCGACAUCACACACCCAGCCCUAAUUGAGGAACUGGCGGAAAUCCAAGCAAAUCACGAGUAUGAAAUGGCGCUGGGGCCAGAUACGUACAAAGACAUCAUUUUCGGCGAACCUCAUCUUGGCCGCCGAACGCUCACCGGCUGCGGCCUGCAGAUGCUGCAGCAGCUAACGGGCGUGAACUUCAUCAUGUAUUAUGGGACGACCUUCUUCAUCGGGGCGGGGGUCGACAACCCGUUCACCAUCUCUCUGAUCAUGCAGGUCAUCAAUAUGGUGUCGACAUUCCCCGGCUUGUUUGUCGUCGAGUCGUGGGGUCGACGGAGGCUCCUUAUGUUGGGAGCGCUUGGGAUGGCCUUCUGCCAUUUUUUCAUCGCCGGUUACGCCACGGCCACCGGCAACAACAACAAAACGACACAGAACCAGAUCCUCAUCAUUUUCGUCUCGAUAUUCAUCUUCUUUUUCGCCGCCUCCUGGGGCCCGGUCGUGUGGGUCGUCACGUCGGAAAUUUACCCCCUAAAAGUGCGUGCGAAGUCCAUGUCGAUCUCGACGGCGUCGAAUUGGAUCCUCAAUUUCGGCAUUGCGUACGGCACGCCAUACCUGGUGGAUCCCUCGGCAGGAUCGCCCGACCUGGGCUCUCGCGUGUUCUUUGUUUGGGGCGCCUUCUGCUGUCUUGCCUUCGUUUUUGUGAUGGGCAUGGUGUAUGAGACGAGCAAACUCAGUCUGGAGCAAAUCGACGAAAUGUACGAGCGGGUACCCUCUGCGUGGAAGUCUCGGAUCUUCGAGCCCAGCUGGAGCUUCCAGCAGAUGCGGGAGUUCGGCUUUUCGGACAGCGGCAUACCCCCGACGGAACAGCAGCUCGAGCUCCAGCCAUCGAACGCCAGCACGACACAGUCGGACACGGGCGGGAGCGCGGCGACGAAUACGACGACGAACACGACGACGACGAAUUCUCAGGACGCCAAGAUGCUGUCGCAACUCGGGAAUGUCGAUUUAAGUUAUUGAGUUUUGGACAUUCGGUCGUUCGCGUUUCCGGCGAUCGAUGUAGUGGAUUGGAUACCAGGGAUGGAGUUUUAUAUCAUGACGGAGUUCAUCGGAGGGCGUCAACGGUAGGCAAAUUUCUGGCGGGGCUCUCCCUUUUAUUUUGGGUUUGGGGAUUUCAUCUUGGGGCUGUUUUUGUUUUUCGCAUAUUGUGCUAUCGACCAGGCCGAGGCUUCAGGAUCUGUGGUGUUCGCUGGAUGGCUGGGCCCAAACUUGGGAAGCCUAUAUUGGGGCCGUCGUAUAUUUGCCGGACCGGGCGUAUGGCGUAGGAAGGGGGCGAUGGGGCUCGAUCGAUACCUAGUUGAGUUGUGCGCCUACAUAUGGAAGGUAUCUUGGGAUGGGAACCCAUCCUUGUCAUGGCACAGUACCCAUCUCACAUAUAGCAAUUUUGAAGCUAAUGCGUCGGGAA